CUUAUGACGUACUACUUUCCCUUUCUGCUGGAGGAGAAGCUGGCUCUGGUGCCCAGGAUCAGGACCUCUGUCAUCCACAGAGCCACAAAGCAACAGUCAGGACUCAGAAGCAAAGUUUACAAGUGAGGAAGAUCCAUUUGGUAUCGGAAGAUGAAGAAGGUACUUUUCCUGGUGCUAAUAUCUUUCUGUUGGGCUGAUCGUCAUGCCAGGAACUCCACGCUGCACCCAUGACAGGAUCAUUCACGUCCAUGAGGAUGAUCCUCGUCUUUAUGUGGAGGUAGAGCAAACAAAAGUAAUUUCCCAUCGAGGUGGUAAUGCAACAUUGCCAUGCAAGUUUUUACAUGACUCAGUGGACUCUGGAUCACCAUCUCAUAAAAUCCGUAUCAAAUGGACAAAACUGACUUCAGAUUACCUCAAGGAAGUGGAUGUCUUCGUUUCAAUGGGGCAUCACAAGAGGAGUUAUGGCAGCUACCAGGGAAGGGUUUACCUACAAGGAGCAAGUGAAAAUGAUGCUUCACUUGUGAUUACUGACAUAACACUGGAAGACUAUGGCAAAUACAAAUGUGAAGUCAUUGAAGGACUGGAGGACGAUACCGCUGUUGUGUCAUUGGACUUACAAGGUGUUCUAUAUCCAUAUUUUCCACGUUUGGGUCGGUACAAUUUCAAUUUCCAUGAAGCGCAAAAAGCCUGUCAAGACCAGGAUUCUAUAAUUGCCUCUUUUGAUCAACUAUAUGAUGCAUGGAGGUCAGGACUUGAUUGGUGCAAUGCAGGGUGGCUAACUGAUGGAUCAGUACAAUACCCAAUUACCAAUCCUAGAGAACCCUGUGGAGGCAAACACACUGUUCCUGGAGUUCGAAACUAUGGCUAUAGGGACAAAGACAAAGGCAGAUAUGAUGUCUUUUGUUUCACAUCAAACUUCAAAGGUCGCUUCUAUUACCUAAUACACCCAACAAAGCUUACAUACGAUGAAGCAGUCCAGGCCUGUAUCAAUGAUGGAGCUCAGAUUGCUAAAGUAGGCCAGAUGUAUGCAGCAUGGAAACUCCUGGGUUAUGAUCGCUGUGAUGGAGGAUGGUUGGCGGAUGCCAGCGUCCGUUACCCAAUCUCAAAGCCGAGACGACGAUGCAGUCCCAAUGAGGCAGCUGUCCGCUUUGUAGGUUACCCAGACAAGAAGCACAAGCUCUAUGGUGUUUACUGUUAUAAAGCAUAGAACUAUAGCACCCUAAAACACGAAACAGUAUUACAAAUGUUAAGAACAUGUGAAAAAAGAUUUAUUUAAAAAAAUGAACUCCUGCAAGCUAUAAAAACUGUGAUAAACCUUUUUACUUACUGUAAGAAAAACUAUUGUCAUAAAUCCAUAUCAGUU